AUGACGGACAGCCUGUUUGUCAGUUUGGACAGGCUUUUGUUAGAAUUUGUUUUCCAGUAUGAACAAGACAAAAGUACUAAAGAAGCUAUGAUUCAAAGAAUUAAUACAUGCCUUGAAAGUAUUAAAGAAAACAAAGCAAAUGUUUCUAAUAUAUGUGAAGCCAUAAACAAAACAGAUGAGGAAAUUGCUUAUUACUGUAAACAUAGUAAAGAAAUGAAAGACUGCUAUAGUAACUGGAAGCCAACAUGUGAUGUUUUUCAUAAACAUGAAGAUUAUAUACAAGAUCAACUUACUGUUUAUCAAGAAACCAAUGAAAAAGACAAAAAAAUGUAUCACGGUUAUAUAUGUCAGUAUGAAGAUGUUUUGAAACAAUACCAACUAAAAUACUCAGAAACACGUUUUUCAUGUAAAUAUUAUGAGAAGAAAAAAGAACACGAAGAACUUCAAAACAGAGUGUUGGCAUGUACUGAACAACUAAAACAUUAUGAAACUAUUCUUAUGGAACUUCUAGUUCCUGCUCCGUUCUCAUCACUUACAAAAUGGACAUUACACAUAGUUAAUUUGAGAUAUAAAACACAAGACAUUCUUAAAUGUGCCAACAAUUUUACCAAGAGAUCACUUGAAUUGGAGAAAGAAGCAAAUGAUAUGGAAAUAGAAAUUAAUUCUUUAAAUAAGAUUGCAAGACUUUUUGAAAGUAAGAAUUUUUCAGAAGCACUAGAAGAAAAGAAUAAAAAUACAGAAAAGAGAAAAGAAAUUAAAGAAAUAAUUUUUGAAAAAGAUGAGCACAUAUUGAACAGAUCGUCUCAGAGUAGCCAGUUACUAUCACCUUGUGAGUCUCAGAAAUUUGUAAGACUAAUAAAGAUGCAUUCUUCAGAACCAAGAGUUAAAGAUAAAAAAGAAGAAAAUUCAGUCAAUCAAGAAGAAAAUUCAGUCAUUCAGUCAAAGUUUUCUAGUAGUGAUUUGAGACAAAAGGAAAAUGAUUCUCAGAUAUUUAAUGACUCUGAUAUGGAUAAUAGUUCAAAAUGUUCACAUGUUACAGCUGUUAAAACUUCACAAGGUUUUAUGCAAUUCAGGUUGAAUCAGUCAAAUUGCAGUCAGUGGAUUGAACAAGGACAUACAGAUGCUGGGUGCGGAAAUAAAGAGACAGUAAGACAACUAAGAGAAUCAAAUUAUACUCCACAGGCCAUGUACAUAGAACGCUUUGGAAAGUCAAUAGAAAAUAAAAGUACUGAAGAUGAUGAAAGGGCUGAGAAUUGUCCAAAAUCUCCUGAAACUCCUUUAUUUCUAAAAUCUCUGGACACUGUGAAGACACCUGAGUCUGUAGAGAAAAUGCAGUUCCCUAACAGCACCUUCUUUGAAAUAACAAGAAAUGUAGUACCUGAUGGACAAAAACAAAAGGAUUCUUCUGGAUUCUCGUUUCUUACGAGUUAUACUUCUAGAUCACCUGGACUAAAUUUAUUUGAUUCCUUUGUUUCUGAUUCAGAAAUCUCAUCAGAUCAGUUUAAUGAACAUUACUCUGCAGUAAACCUAAAUCCUCCUUCAUCACAACAAGAAAUUGGAAACUUAUUUGGGAAAUCAGAAGGAGACGAUACCUUCACGUUUUCUUUUCCCUCAGACUCUUCAACUCAUACAUUUGGAACUGGAAAAGAUGACUUUAGUUUUCCAUUUUCUUUUGAAUAG